AUGGAUGCCUUUGACAUCUAUUGGCGCGAACACAAAGGUGACGAUGUGGAACCAACCGCUACCGCUACCAUCUUCGCCCUCGACGAUCUUAUCCGCAAGGAAACCGAACUUGCGGAUAUGAUUGGCACCACCGCAAGCGCAUCCACCACACCCCAAUAUAACCCUAAAACACCAUGGAUGAGCCGAUGGAUGCCACAUCCAUCAGAACCCUGCCCUCACACCACCGCAUAUGUCCGGAGGCUCAUCACCACCAUACACUGCUGCGGAUACCAUAAACGUACAACUCCGCAAGGUAGAGCUACCUACCUUCGACGGGGAUUUCUCCACCUAUAA